AUGACUGCCGAAGCCCCCCAGCAGCCCCUCACCUUCACCGAUGUCUUCGAGGAUGAGGAGGUCGAGGAGAUCAAGGAGGCCAACACGGUCCACCACAUCCGUGCCAACUCCAGCAUCAUGCACGUGAAGAAGAUUCUCGGUGAGUACCUGGCGCGCGCUCCAGGGCCGUCAAUGGCUUCGCGGACGGGCCCAAUGGCUCCUUUUGCGCUUACUCAAAGAACCCUCGCUGACUCGGCUCUCUUCGCUCUUCUACAGUCGCCAACCGUGGUGAAAUUCGCUCACGAGCUGUCUCUGCACACUGUUGCAGUCUUCAGUUAUGAGGAUCGUUUGAGCAUGCACCGACAGAAGGCCGAUGAAGCCUACGUCAUUGGCAAGCGAGGACAGUACACCCCUGUCGCCGCGUACCUGGCUGGUGAUGAGAUUAUCAAAAUUGCCGUUGAGCACGGCGUGCAGAUGAUCCACCCUGGAUACGGUUUCCUCUCCGAGAACGCCGAGUUUGCCCGCAACGUCGAGAAGGCUGGCCUCAUUUUCGUCGGCCCCUCUCCCGACGUGAUCGAUGCUCUCGGUGACAAGGUCUCUGCCCGAAAGCUCGCCAACGCUGCCAACGUUCCCGUCGUCCCUGGUACCAAUGGUGCUGUCGAGCGGUACGAGGAGGUCAAGGACUUCACUGACAAGUAUGGCUUCCCCAUCAUCAUCAAGGCUGCCUUCGGUGGUGGUGGCCGAGGUAUGCGAGUCGUCCGUGAGCAGGAAAGCCUGAAGGAGUCCUUCGAGCGUGCCACCUCUGAGGCCAAGACUGCUUUCGGUAACGGUACCGUCUUUGUCGAGCGAUUCCUUGACAAGCCCAAGCACAUCGAGGUCCAGCUUCUCGGUGACAACCACGGCAACAUUGUUCACCUGUACGAGCGUGACUGCUCCGUUCAGCGACGACACCAGAAGGUCGUUGAGAUUGCCCCUGCCAAGGACCUUCCCGCCGAUGUCCGUGACAACAUUCUCAACGAUGCUGUCCGUCUGGCCAAGACUGCCGGCUACCGCAAUGCAGGCACUGCGGAGUUCCUGGUUGACCAGCAGAACCGCUACUACUUCAUCGAGAUCAAUCCUCGUAUCCAGGUCGAGCACACCAUCACUGAGGAGAUCACUGGUAUCGACAUUGUCGCUGCUCAGAUCCAGAUCGCCGCUGGUGCUACUCUGGGCCAGCUCGGUCUCACCCAGGACCGCAUUUCCACCCGUGGUUUCGCUAUCCAGUGCCGAAUCACCACCGAGGAUCCCGCCCAGGGCUUCCAGCCUGACACUGGCAAGAUCGAGGUCUACCGCUCUUCUGGUGGUAACGGUGUCCGUCUGGACACUGGUAACGGUUAUGCCGGUGCUGUCAUCACUCCCCACUACGACAGCAUGCUUACCAAGCUGUCCACACAUGCCAGCACAUACGAGAUUGCCCGCAGAAAGUCUCUGCGUGCCCUGAUUGAGUUCCGUAUCCGAGGUGUCAAAACCAACAUUCCCUUCCUGGCUUCCCUUCUCACCCACCCCACCUUCAUCGAUGGAAACUGCUGGACCACCUUCAUCGACGAUACUCCUCAGCUCUUCGACCUCAUUGGCAGCCAGAACCGUGCCCAGAAGCUGCUGGCUUACCUCGGUGAUGUUGCCGUCAACGGCAGCAGCAUCAAGGGCCAGAUCGGCGAGCCCAAGUUCAAGGGUGAGAUCGCCGUCCCUGAGCUCAUCAACUCUGCUGGCCAGAAGAUCGACACCAGCCUGCCCUACCAGAAGGGAUGGCGAAACAUCAUCCUUGAGCAGGGCCCCAAGGCCUUCGCCAAGGCUGUCCGCGAGUACAAGGGUACUCUUCUUAUGGAUACCACCUGGCGUGACGCCCACCAGUCUCUCCUGGCUACCCGUGUCCGUACCGUUGAUCUCCUGAACAUCGCCAAGGAGACCAGCCACGCCCUCUCCAACCUCUACUCUCUUGAGUGCUGGGGUGGUGCCACCUUCGAUGUCGCCAUGCGAUUCCUCUACGAGGACCCCUGGGACCGACUCCGCAAGAUGCGAAAGCUCGUCCCCAACAUUCCCUUCCAGAUGCUUCUCCGUGGUGCCAACGGUGUUGCCUACGCUUCGCUGCCUGACAACGCCAUUGACCACUUCGUUGACCAGGCCAAGAAGAACGGUGUUGAUAUCUUCCGUGUCUUCGAUGCUCUCAACGACAUCAACCAGCUUGAGGUCGGUAUUAAGGCAGUUCACAAGGCUGGUGGUGUUGUGGAGGGUACCGUGUGCUUCUCCGGAGACAUGUUGAACCCCAACAAGAAGUACAACCUCGAGUACUACCUCGACCUUGUUGAGAAGCUCGUCAAUCUCGACAUCCACGUCCUGGGUAUCAAGGAUAUGGCUGGUGUUCUCAAGCCCCACGCCGCUACCCUCCUGAUCGGCUCUAUCCGCAAGAAGUACCCCGAUCUUCCCAUCCACGUCCACACCCAUGACUCUGCCGGUACCGGUGUGGCCUCCAUGGUUGCUUGCGCCAAGGCUGGUGCUGAUGCUGUCGAUGCUGCCACUGACAGCCUGUCUGGCAUGACCUCUCAGCCCAGCAUCAACGCCAUCAUUGCCUCGCUUGAGGGUACUGACCUUGACCCUGGUCUGGAUGCCAAGCUCGUCCGAGCCCUCGACGUCUACUGGUCCCAGCUCCGCCUGCUCUACUCUCCCUUCGAGGCCCAUCUCGCCGGCCCCGAUCCCGAGGUUUACGAGCACGAGAUUCCUGGUGGUCAGCUGACCAACAUGAUGUUCCAGGCUUCUCAGCUUGGUCUUGGAUCUCAGUGGCUUGAGACCAAGAAGGCCUAUGAGCACGCCAACGAUCUCCUUGGCGACAUCGUCAAGGUCACCCCCACCUCCAAGGUCGUCGGUGAUCUUGCCCAGUUCAUGGUCUCCAACGGCCUCUCCCCCGAGGACGUCAAGGCUCGUGCCUCUGAGCUCGACUUCCCCGGCUCCGUUCUGGAGUUCCUUGAGGGUAUGAUGGGUCAGCCCUACGGCGGCUUCCCCGAGCCUCUGCGAUCUGAUGCCCUCCGUGGCCGACGCAAGCUCGACAAGCGACCUGGUCUCUACCUCGACCCUGUCGACUUCACCAAGACCAAGCGCGAUCUCGCCAAGAAGUACGGUGCCCCCAUCACCGAGUGCGACAUUGCCUCGUACGUCAUGUACCCCAAGGUCUUUGAGGACUACAAGAAGUUUGUCCAGCAGUACGGCGAUCUCUCCGUCCUGCCCACUCGAUACUUCCUUUCUCGCCCUGAGAUUGGCGAGGAGUUCAACGUUGAGCUCGAGAAGGGCAAGGUUCUUAUCCUCAAGCUCCUUGCUGUCGGCCCCCUGUCCGAGAACACCGGCCAGCGUGAGGUCUUCUUCGAGAUGAACGGCGAGGUCCGACAGGUCACCGUCGUCGACAAGAAGGCCGCCGUUGAGAACAUCAGCCGACCCAAGGCUGAUGCUGGCGACAGCAGCCAAGUUGGCGCUCCUAUGUCUGGUGUGCUGGUCGAGCUCCGAGUCCACGAGGGCUCUGAGGUCAAGAAGGGUGACCCUCUUGCUGUCCUCUCUGCCAUGAAGAUGGAAAUGGUCAUCUCUGCUCCCCACAGCGGAAAGGUUGCCAGCCUCCAGGUCCGGGAGGGCGACUCGGUCGACGGCUCCGACCUUGUCUGCCGCAUUGAGAAGGCUUAA